AUGAUUAUUUUGGUGUGUAUGCCCAGAGAUGGAGUGUUUUGUGUUGUUGUUUCUUCUCUAUCGUAACAACAUCGUCCGUUUACAUUGAUCAAAGCUUUCUUCAUCAUCUUCAACGUCUUCUUCUUUCAUUGUUGCUACUUCCCCAUUUACCCUUUCUCUCUGCUUUUCUCUCUCUCUCUCUCUCUCUCUCUCUCUCUCUCUCUCUCUCUCUCUCUCUCUCACUCUCACAGUUUUCUCCUUUCUCCCUUUGCGUGACAUUUCUUCAAUUUCAGAUUCCCUUCUGAGAUUCUUCAUCGGUUCCAUGGAUCUUAAUUUUUGACUUCGAUUUGAAUCCCAUUUUCGUUAUCCCGCGAUCGGGUUUUUUUGGAUCUUCCCCAAUCUUAGGUUUGUAAACGAUGAGAUAGUGUUACGAACAAGACCCAGAUUUUUGUUAUUGUCUGCAAUGUCGACGACGUCUUUGCAAACGAUUGGUGCUAUUAAGUCAUAUCAUCACCAAGCUCAGCAUUUGGUUAAGAACUAUCUAUUAGCUGAUCCCUUUAUUCCUUACACCUCUGUUCUCACUGGCAUUUUCCUUUGCAAAGUGGUGUAUGAUCUUUGUCAUUUUAUCAGCAACUCACAUUCUAAGACUUAUAUCAUCCUCACUAAAAUUCAAAGAAUCGAAUGGAAUAACCGGGGUAUCUCAACAGUUCAUGCUAUAUUUAUCUCGGCUCUGUCUCUGUAUUUUGUCUUCUGGUCCGACCUCUUUUCAGAUAGGUGGCAUAAUGAUCUUGUUGUUUUCCGGAGCUCACGUCUUUCCUCUCUUGGUUUAGGGAUAUCUAUUGGUUACUUCAUUGCUGAUCUUGGGAUGAUCUUUUGGAAAUACCCUUCUUUGGGUGGGAUCGAGUAUAUUGUGCAUCACUCACUAUCGGGGGUAGCAGUCGCCUACUCUUUGUUUUCUGGAGAAGGACAGUUGUAUACCUACAUGGUCCUCAUCUCAGAGAUUACAACCCCAGAGAUCAACUUGAGAUGGUACCUGGACACCGCUGGUAUGAAGAAGUCAUUGGCAUAUGUUGUUAAUGGCGUUUUCAUCUUCUUGGCCUGGCUGGUUGCUAGAAUCCUACUGUUCAUAUACAUGUUUUAUCAUGUCUAUCUCCACUACAACCAGGUCAUGAGGAUGCACAUCUUCGGCUACGUUUUGGUAUUCGGGGUACCAGCUGCGCUUGGUGUCAUGAACUUGGUAUGGUUCGGGAAAAUUGUGAGAGGGGUAAAGAAAACAUUAGCAAAGAGAUGUGAAUGUUGAGGAUUGGUGAGUCUUCCUCUUCCUCACAAUGUUGUUUCAUCAGAUCAUCAUCUUCUCUUCUUCGUCCCUCUGACAUAUGUCUGUCUCUCUAGUGUAAGUAGUUUUUGUCUGAUGGAGAAAGAAAAAGGAAAAAAAAAAACCAAAAAUGAUACGAUCCUCUGACUCUGUAAAUGAUCAAAAAUUCAAGCCUCUCUUUACGUUUUUCAGUAUACAAUGUAAUUCUGUUUUCAUUCUUAUAGUUUUUUUUUGGCU